UCAGGAUAACCAAAAAAAAGCUUCACUUGAAAAAUCAGAAUGGCCAAGCUGUUUACUCUCUUAUCUGUUGCUGCUACUGCUGUACUCUUAUCAUUGCAGAACGCUUCUGCUCGUCCUCUUGGUCUUGAUGGCAAGGAUGGUCUUGGUGCCUUUAAAGAAACUACCAAGUCUUCUGUUGAAUGCGUCGCUGUUAAGGACUCCAACGUGAAAUUGCUCGGUAAAUCCCAUUUUUUCAAAGGACGCGGUGAGCCUUCAAAGGUUCUAGUUUGUAGCGGUACCUCAGUUACUGCCAUCAAAGUCAAGGAUGAGCAUGGUAACGAGUAUGACUUGAAGAAUAAGUACGAUGGUGACGAGGGUAAAUAUGACUUCAAGGAACGAAAGGGCAAGUAUGGCUGGGACAAUGACAAGGAGUACGAUGAUGAAAAGGAUGACUAUGAUGACAAGGACGAUGAUGAGUACGAUGAUGAGUACGAUGAUGAAAAAGACAAUUACGGAGACAAGGAUGAUUAUGAGUACGAUGAUGAAAAGGACAACUAUGACGACAAGGAUGGUUAUGAAUAUGAUGAUGGAAAGGUUUACAAGAAGCAAAAGGGCAAGUAUGACCGGGACAAUGAGAAAGACUACGAUGAUGAAAAUAAUGGCUAUGAAUGGGAUAACGACAGGAACUACAAGGAACAAAAGGGCUAUAAGAGCAACACAGAUUGGAAAAACAAGAGAGAUGACUCUGUAUGGGACAACAAUAAGGAAGGCAAGGACUCUAAGAAAGGAGUAGAGAGAUACGACAAGUAUUACAAUAACGAAAAGGCCAACUAUGAAUGGGAAUACAAGAAUGAUUACAAGGAUGAUAAAGAUGAUGAGUAUGAUGAGAAAUACAAGGAUGAUAGGCAUGACAAUGAAUACAAAGGUAAUGAAGAUGCGGAAUACAAAGAUGAUAAGGAUGAGAAAUACAAAGAUGACAAAGAAGAAAAUGACUAUGAUGAAUACAAGGAUAACAAGGACGAACAGGACAAAGGAAAGCUUUCAAAGAGAAGCAUCGUCUCCAAGGAUGGUAAGGGUAGCAAAGGCGGCAGGGGUGGUAAGAACGGAAAGAAUGGCGACAAGAAAAACAAAUAUGUAAAGGGAAAGAAGGGAAAGAACGACAACAAGAAGAAGGACAGAAAGUAAAAGCAGCCUUUGACCAGUAGUUUCAUUCGGGUUUAAGUAAAGUUGUAUUAAAUAUCCAAGUAAAACAAUAAACCUAUCCUUUAU